AUUUCCUGCCUAGAUGUCUUGGCAGCUCCCACUGCCAUGGAGACCACUGGAAGCAGAAGGAGCUGCUGGCGCCCAGAAAGCUGCAGAAGAAGCAAGCAGUCAGUGGGCUUGGACUAGCUGAACCAGUAGGUGAGCAGGGGCUGGACCAGAGAGCCAGGAGCCAAGUCGACCUAAUACAGCAAAACUCACACACACAGUUCCUGUGUGGGCACUGGAAAAGGAGCAGGAGGAAGAGGUUCACAGCUCCUUGAUCUGUCUCCUUCCUUCUACAGCCAUGUUUGUCACUGUGAUGUUUGGAGUAACCAUUGCCCUCCUGGCUGAAGACGGGCACUUGGUGAAGUUAGAAGAGGAAAUCGCCCAGACCCCUUCCAUGGCCUGUUCCCUGUUACAGGAGCAAGGGACCUAUGUCCUGGUACAGGCCAUUAAAGGAAAAGAUGGGACCCCCACACAAUAUGAGUCGCUACUGGACAACCUGGAUGACCAAUAUCCAGAGUUAGCAGAGGAGCUGCGCCGGCUCUCAGGCUUCCCAACCACAAGCAAUGGUCAGAGAAGACGCACGGGCAUUCGGCGUGGCCACCGGGAGCAAGGCCUCCCUUCAAGGUCUCGAAGGGUGACCUCCUUAUCAUCCAGAAACCGAUAACUGAAGCCAGAGCGGCCAGGUCCAGAAAAGGUCCUAUGACCCGGCACACCACAGCCAAGCUGGACUCGAAUCCAAGGCGACUGGCCCUGACCUCUGCUCUAUGGUGAACUGCAAACAGACAGCAAUCCAGCAGCAUUCCUCUUUCAGAAUCUGGCGUUACUAAGACGUUGCAUCAGCGAGAAGGGAAAGGUCACAGACAGGAUGUGAGAGCCCCCGCCUCCCCCCCCACCCCAUCUGAGUGCAGAGAAAAGGAUCCAAGGACAAAAUAAGAAGAGAGAAGGCACAGAUGUUCCUGUGGGCAGAGAUAUAGGCUCCUCUUGAGGUUUUAGGUCCCAGGGAAUCACUUUCAAAUGCCUCUCCCCUCUCCCCACCUAGGAGUGUCCUUGGUUAUCCACAAUGCAGAUAACAGGGUUCCUCCCACCCCACAGGUUGAAGGACAGCCCAGGGUUACAUAACAAGAUCCCCCCCCACACACACACCUCCUCUCUCCCACCUCCACAAAGAUGAGGCAUAGCACAUUAAUGAGACAGCCAUUCCCCUAUCUCCCCUGAUCCCGCCUCCCAGCAGACAGGGUAGUAAGUGGGAACGCAGCAGGCUGUGGUCUAAAGUAAACUCUUUAAUUGAA